UUGAAAGGGAAUUUGGCUAGAGUUGGUCAUGGCGCUGCUGUGCUAAUAGCUCUGUUAAACGUGGCGUUUUUCUCUGUUUAUGAGUGUUUAAUAUAAUCUGGGGUAAAUUUGUACCCUGAGCAGUGGUUAUAUCAGCACGGAGAAUACCUGAGCUCUGAGUAUAAAGACUGUCAGAGCUGUUAAUAGCGGAGAACAGGCUGUUUCUGUGAGUUUAGGCGCCAAACAGCCAUGAGCUGCUGCUGCUCCUCCCAGCGCUGAGCUAAUGCUAACAGUGUAGAGAAAUAAUGGAGGAAAACAGAGAGAAUAUCCCCAUAAAACCCGAAAAUACACAGUCUGGAGAUCAGCAGGAGGACUGCGGCUGCUCUAACGGGAGCGGUUCUGAACAAAAACUUGACUGUUGUGGAGAAGCACAUCCUCCAUCUAAAGCCCAUGGGGAUUUUAGUGACCCUGUGUAUAAAGAGAUAGCACUUACAAACGGCACCAUCAACCAGAUGAGUAAGGAUGAACUGCGGGCUAAAUGUGCGGAGCUAAAGCUUGACACACGAGGAGUUAAAGAUGUUCUGAAUAAACGUCUGAAGAACUACUAUAAGAAGCAGAAGCUGAAGCAGGCGGCUGCAGGAGCACCAGCUGACACGUACUAUGACUACAUCUGCGUGGUGGACUUCGAGGCUACAUGUGAAGAGAAUAAUCCAUCAGAUUUCGUCCAUGAAAUCAUUGAGUUUCCUGUUGUUCUGAUCGACACACACACCUUGGAGAUGGUAGAUUAUUUUCAGGAGUAUGUGAAACCAGAGCUGAAUCCUCAGCUUUCAGACUUCUGCGUUGAACUAACAGGAAUAACACAGGAAAUGGUAGAUGAGGCAGAUACUUUUCCUAAGGUUUUUCGCAGAGUGGUUUCCUGGCUUCAGAAGAAAGAGCUCGGCACCAAGUACAAAUACGCUCUACUAACAGACGGGUCUUGGGAUAUGAGUAAAUUCCUUUACACACAAUGCCGCUUAAGUCGAAUUCGCUACCCUCAGUUUGCCAGGAAGUGGAUCAACAUUAGAAAGUCCUAUGGAAACUAUUACAAGGUCGCUCGCAACCAGACCAAACUCAACUGCAUGCUGGAGAAUCUGGGGAUGCACUACGAGGGCAGACCCCACUGUGGCCUUGAUGACUCGCGCAACAUUGCACGUAUUGCCAUCCGUAUGCUGAAGGAUGGGUGCCAGCUGAGGGUCAAUGAACACAUGCACGGAAAUGAACUACAGAGCGUGCCUAUUAAUGCACCUUUUGAAGGAGCCCCGCCUCCUCAGAAGCCCAAAAGUAGAGACUAGAGACUAUUUCCUUUAUUUCCUUCUUUUUUUUUUUUUUUAAUGUUGUUUGAUUUACAGAAUCCGCGGACAGAUGUGAGGAUUACAUCAGAGAAUAUCUGUCAUGUACAUACCCUUCGAUUUUUCUGAUUAUUUCUCUUUCUCUUUCUAACAAAAUCUGUGUUUAUACACCUGUGUAUAUACAGUACAUGCCAAAAGUUUGGACACACCCCCUUUUUUAAAUGAGUUUUCUUUAUUUUCAUGACUAUUUACAUUGUAGAUUCUCACUAAAGGCAUCAAAACUAUGAAUGAACACAUGUGGAGUUUUAUGUACAAAAAAAUAUAUAAAUAUAUAUUCUAGUUUCAUCAAAAUAGCCCCCCUUUGCUCUGAUUACUGCUUUGCACACUCUUGGCAUCAUUCUCUCAAUGCGCUUCUUAAAGAGGUGGCCACCUGAAAUGAAAAGUUUUCCAACAGUCUUAAAGGAAGGAAGGAAGGAGUUCCCAGAGGUGUUUAUUAGCACUUGUUGCUCCUUUCUCUUCUUCACUCUGUGCUCCAGCUCACCCCAAACCCUAAAUCUGGAUUGGGUUCAGGUCCGGUGACUGUGGAGGACAGCUAAUUAUUUGUUAAGUACAUAAAACUCCUCAUGUGUUCAUUCAUAGUUUUGAUGCUGCAGUGAGAAUCUACAAUGUAAAUACAAUGGAAAAUAAAUAAAGAAAACGCAUUGAAUGAGGUGUAUAGAAGGUGUGUCCAAACUUUUGGCCUGUACUGUAUGUUUAAAUACAGUCUGAUGAUCAUGGUUUUUAAAUAUCAGAUCACCACCAGUAUCAAACUCAAAGUAGCUCCACACUUCAUUGGUAGAAUUCUGAUAUUUAAACAAGGCACUGAGAGUUUUAAAAUGCACAGGUAGUUUAUUAAAAACACUUUUUACAUUGCUUAUUAGCUAAUAUAUCAGAAUCGAGUUGCUGCGUUUUCCUCCGAGCGUUAGCGCUGUGAUGCUACUCGGCAAUGCUACAGCAUCAGCAGCAGCUCAAAAAGAAGAUGUCGGGGUCUUCAGUGACUUCACAUGUAUCAGAGGAGGCAUGUGCUGGUCUUCACCCUCCUGGUGUGUUGGGGCAUCACUAGUGAUAGGGGGAGUCCUAAUGAGUGGGUUAGAUAAUCGGCCUCGUAAAUUUGGGAGAAAAUUUGAAAGAAUUAGGGCUGGGCAAUAUGACUAAAAAAAUGAUAUCUCAAUAUGCUUUAAAAAAUUGCAAUAAACAUUUUCAUCAGUGAGUAAAUUCAAUGUUUAAUCUUAUUAAAGUUAUAUUUUUGUUGCCAAACACACACACACAUUAAUAGAAACACUUUACCAUCACAAUUCUUUAUAUUUUUCACCAAUAAAAAGUGUCAUUUCUGUAUUUCUUUUCGUUUCUUUUCAGUUUUAUGUUGAAUUGUC